UUUUUUUCACACUUUAGUAAACAACAUGGCGAUUCACGGACUAGCCCUGCUAGUCAACUGAUCGAAACCUGUGUAGAGCAACUUCCAGUCUUACAAGUCAUGUGUGACAGACCAGGCUGACUUCUUAGAAAUAGUAAACCGUCCAGUUCGGGUCGAUACGACUGAGAACCGAGCUGUCACGAAGACUGUCAAAGGCCCUCGGGGUUUAUGGGCUCUCAGUCUAGUUCUGGGAUGUCUGGUGGAAGAGGUUCUUCCAGUGGCAACCCAGCAGAGCAGUCCGAAGCAGCAGAACCGAAUCAGAGCAGCAGCCGAGGCCGCAGGACGGCCGACAGGCAACAGGGAGAAGAAGGACAGUCUGCUUCGGAGGAGGACGUCGAUUUAGCUGAAGUGCUGGCUUAUCUAUUGAGAAGGGGCCAGGUUAGGCUGGUCCAUGGCAGCGGAGCCACAGGGCUUCAGUUGGUCCAGUCACACUCGGACUCUGACGAUGAAAGCGAAGGGGCCUGGGAUGGACGUCUGGGUGACCGCUACAAUCCACCAGUGGACACCCAGCCGGACACACAUGAAAUCGACAGCAGCGAGAUCCGAACACAGAUCCUGCUUGCUACUGCCUCGUCGUCCUUGAAAAGCCGUCACAGCUUCACCUACAUGCUAACAGAGAGGGAACAAGGCCGUUGUCGAGGUUCUAGUUUUUCUCAUGGAGAGUGCAGCCGUAUACGAACACAUUUCCUGCCAAACCACGUGUCCCAUAAGGAUACGUACCAGCAGAAAGCCUUUUGUGGAGUUUACAGUGAAGAUGGCAACCUGUUCCUCUCUGCCUGCCAAGACCAGGUCAUUCGUUUGUACGACACAAGCAAAGGCCGCUUCCAUCUUCAGCGGACGGUGAGGGCGCGGGACGUGGGUUGGAGCGUACUGGACGUCUGCUUCACUCCCGAUGCUCGACAUGUGCUGUACUCCAGCUGGUCUGACUACAUUCAUUUGUGCAGUAUAGAUGGAGACAGUGAAAACCACACCGCCCUGGACCUCAAUCCAGAUGAGAGGAGGUUCUGUGUGUUCUCACUGACAGCGUCAACAGAUGGCAAAGAGAUUCUGGGCGGAGCAAAUGAUGGCUGCCUUUACGUUUUUGAUCUGGAACAGAACAGACGGACGCUGAAGAUUGACGCCCACGAAGACGACGUGAAUGCGGUGGCGUUCGCCGACUCUUCGUCCCAGCUGCUCUUCUCUGGCAGCGACGACGCUCUGUGCAAGGUGUGGGACAGGAGGACGCUACGAGAAGACCGACCGCAGCCCGUCGGACAGCUGGCUGGCCAUCGAGAUGGCAUCACCUUCAUCCACAGCAAGGGGGAUGCGCGCUAUCUAAUCAGCAACUCCAAGGACCAGUCCAUCAAGCUGUGGGAUGUCAGGAAGUUCUCACCCAAAGAGGGGCUGGCUGCCUCCCGCCUGGCCGUCACCCAGCAGAACUGGGAUUACCGCUGGCAGCAGGUUCCCCAGAGAGCUCUAAAGAAGCACAAACUGACAGGUGACACUUCGGUGAUGACGUACCGUGGACACGGCGUUCUCCACACCCUCAUCCGCUGCCGCUUCUCUCCGGAGUUCAGCACCGGUCAGAGAUACAUUUACUCGGGCUGCUCCACCGGCAAAAUCAUCAUUUAUGACGUGCUGAGCGGAGCCGUGGUUUCCAGGCUGUUGGGUCAUGACGCGUGCGUGCGGGACGUCAGCUGGCACCCGUAUGAGGCCAGCAUCAUCAGCAGCUCUUGGGACGGCGCGGUGCGAAUGUGGGAGCACAGGCAGACCCAUCCCCUAGAGGAGGACCGAGAGCGGGAGCACAACCGACAGUAGAAGAGGAGCAACGAGACGAAGAAGGGGAUGUGACAUCACAAUAGACGGGGACGAAGCUUAAGUCGGUUUUCUGACGCUUUUAAGCUCAGAGCGACCGUGAGAGAUGUAUAAUACUUUUUAAAAUGUAAUUCUGGGUAUUAUUAAGUCCAGUCCACGUUAAGCAUGGCUGUGAAGUAUUCAUUUGGACAGUGUGGCUCUUUGUCCAGCGCAGAGGAGAGCACUGAGGGAAACUCCAGGUUGUCCCUCGCAGCUCAACCCAACCGCAGCCUCUGGCCUAAAAUGCUUCAUGCUGAAAGCUGUGGAAAUUAAACGCUUCGUUAGAUCCAGUAAAUGUCAGAAAGUGCGGGGAUCCUGAGAGAAAUCUGUACACAUGUUUAGCCUUUUAAUGGUAUGUGCGUCAGGGAGUGUGUUUAGGUAGUUGUCAGUGGAUCAGUUUUGACUCUGCUGUUAUAAGUAAGACAAAAAAGUGCCCUAUUUUAGGUGCUCUCUUAUUUUAAACUCCCACUUUGAGACAAAGUAUAAUAGAAUUUUGUUUUCUGGUUGUCUAAUUCCCCAACGGCAAUGCCCCAUUCAACUUAAACUCACAGUGUGUCCGACAGCUCACUGCUGGAAAAUGUACCUGCUGGUUGUAUUUUUGAUUCUGAAAAAAACUUUAUUAUAUAUUUUUUGUUUUGUGUUGGCCAAUGAAAGCCAAUGAUCUGUUUUAAAGAUUUGUAUAUUAACACGUUCAGUUCAGGACUGCAGAUGUGCGCAAUGAAGACAUCUGUAUGCAAUUUUCAGGUGUUUCUAAUGAUUCUCUUUCUGACUGCUGUUUUACAGUAACAAUAAAAGGAAUCUUUCUCCGAAUGCGUCACAAUGA